AUGACGGACACGAAAAUCAUCACCGCAUCAUCGAUGCCGGAGUUUAACCCGAAUGAGAAUUGGAAUUUGUGGUUUGAACGUCUCGAAUUACAUUUUGUCGAAAUUGAGUGCACAGACGAAAAGCAAAAAAUUUCAAUUUUAUUGAAAUUGAUCGGAGCAGAAGCAUAUCAAAUUCUGCAUUGUUUAUGCAGUCCGAAAUUACCGAGCAAAGAGAAGUACAACGAUUUGUGUGCGUUGAUGAAAGCGCAUUACACACCACCCGUAAUUGUUUUCAACGAGCGAAGAAAUUUCUACGCAGCGAAAAUGGGAGCCGACGAACGUGUAGCAUCGUGGUUUGCACGUGUGAAGAGGUUAUCACUCGAUUGCAAAUUCGUCGCUGGUGAUUUGGAACGUAUCGUUUUGGACAAAUUUGUCGUUGAAUUGCCAAGCAAAAUAUUCGAAAAACUUUGCGAAGAAGACGAAACGCUGACGUUGCAAACUGCAUUGAAAAAGGCGAUGAUGAAAGAAACAAAAAUUCAACAAUCGCAAAACAGCAGCGUGGACGUGAAUUUCAUCGAAGCGCGUGGCAAGCAAAGCAGCAGCAACGGCAACAACAACAACAAUCGCAAGAAUAGCCACGGUGACCCAUUGAAGAUCAUUGGUGAGUUUCAAACAGUUGUUAAUUACAAAGGUCAAAAGAUAUCAGGAAUAAUUGUAGUGACAAACAGUGACCGACCGACUUUGUUAGGUAGAAAUUUUCUGCGUGCUUUUAGUUUUGAAUUAGUACAAACAAAUCGCGUCAACAAUAUUUUUGCGCCCAACGAAAUGAUUGAUUCAAUCAAAAGUGAGUUUCACGAAGUUUUUAGUUGCGGUUUAGGAAAGUAUAACGUCACGACCAUUAAAUUACCCAUUCAAAAAGAUGUCACACCGAUUUUUUGCAAACCUCGCCCUGUUCCGUUAGCAUGGCGUGAUAUGAUAGCGAAACAGUUAGAUGACUUCGUUUCAAAAGGAAUACUUAUUCCAGUAGACAAUUCGGAUUGGGCUACACCUCUUGUGCCAUUAUUGAAACCUUCUGGCGAUAUUCGCAUUUGUGGUGAUUACAAAGUCACAAUUAAUCGAUUUUUAAUCGAUUUCAAAUAUCCAUUGCCACGGAUUGAUCAAAUUUUUGCUUCAAUGCAAGGAGGUAUUUUGUUUACUAAACUUGACAUGUCGAAUGCAUACAAUCAGUUAGUUUUAGACGAUGAAGCACAAAAAUUGUGUACAUGGAGUACACACAAAGGCAUUUUCAAAAUGACACGUUUACCGUUUGGCGUCAAAAUUGCCGCCGCACUUUUUCAAAAGACCAUGGAAAAUCUCCUUAGUUGCUUCUCAAAUGUAUUCUGUUAUCAAGAUGACAUUGUCGUCACUGGGCCAACUCUAGCAGAUCAUUUGAAAACGCUAAAACAAGUUUUGAUUAAACUUCAGACAGCCGGUCUCAGACUAAACGUCAACAAAUGUGAAUUUUUCAAGGAAAAAAUUUCUUAUUUAGGAUUUGACAUUGACAAAAAUGGUUUAAGUCGGAACAAAGAACGAAUCAAGUCCGUUCUCAAUUCACCACGACCAAGGGAUGUCUCUGAAUUAAGAGCAUUUAUUGGCAUGUACAUUAAAGGUUCUUUGAAUACGGCUGAUAGUUUAUCACGUAUUGCACAAGUUUCUACAGCGGAAGAAACCAAGGAGAGUUCAUACAUAAAUUAUGUAGGUUCAAACAUCAUGAAAACAUUAACGUACAAAGAUAUAGCCACACACACUCGACGAGAUCCAAUUUUAUCAAAGGUUCACGAUUGUAUUCAACACGGAACUGUCGAUCAGCUUCAAGGCAGUGAAUAUACAUCAUUUCGAAACAAAGCAACUGAAUUAUCUGUUGAAUCAGGUUGCAUUCUUUGGGACUAUCGCACCGUCAUUCCAAAUGCUCUGCGUAAGAUCAUUUUGCAAGACCUUCACGCAUCGCACAUGGGAAUU